AUGGACUCAGUUCGGAAGCACUUCGGUCUGAAACACAGGGACGAGGAGUACAUCUUCCGAGAGCACGAGAAGCUUCGCCGGGCAUCGAAAAAACACUCGCUCCGCCUCAAGCAGGAGCUGGAGCGCAGGCCAACCGUGGACAGAGGCCUCCGGGGCCCCUAUGAGGUGUCGCCGGAGAGCAAGGAGAAGAGCGAUGUCUGUGAUCCACCGCAGAAGCCGCCGUCGGGGUCGUCGCGAGCGUCCCGCACCAGUGUCCGCUCGCUGCGGCCGCGGGGCAGGCGCCCCUGGGCCCGGAGCCCGCAGGUUGCGCCCUUCCGCCUGCGGGAUUUCUACAUGAGCAGCUCGGCGUUUCUCCGCUACCAGCUGCAGCCGCUGCCACCCCUCAUCGCCCCCGAGGCCGGCACGACGCGGGCCGUGAUGCUGGCGGCGCCGUCCGCGCGGCGGGACAGGUCCUGGACCGCAUCGGUGGCGCCCAAGAGCUCGAAGUCCAGCAUCCUUAAGCCCGCAGAGGAGCCGCCGCUCCAGCAGUCGUCGAAGAAGCCCGAGCUGCUGCCGCUGCAGGAGCCCCGCCUGGGUCGCACGAGGCACAGCAGCUCCGUGUCCAGCGUCGACAGCGACCUGACGGCCACCCUGCUGCAGCGGCGCGUGCGCUUUCACCCCCACUUCCGGCGCCAGUCGUCCAGCGCCUCGGUGGAGCCCGGCGGGGAAGUGGCCGAGGUCUCCCCCCGGGCAGACCAGGAGCCCCGCGUGCGCCUCUCGCAGAAACCGCAGCUCUCGGCCAGGCCGGCGGGCUACACGAUGCCCACGAUGGUGGAAGAGGUCAUAGCCUCACUGCACUCGGAGGCCCAGCUGGCUACCGACCGGACCUUCAAGGAGCUCAUUUGGAGCAUCCUGGGCCCCACCUACGACUUGGCCACGGAUGUAGAUGUAGGUGAACGAGACAGGGGAGUACUGGUGCUCUCCGGUCAGUACGCCUUUCGUGUCGGACGUGAAAUGAUGCUGGUUCCAGAAGAUGAAACUUUGCAUUACUUUGAAAACAACCCCAAUGGUUUCAGUAGUUUUGCUGAGCCUGUGUCUGAGGAACUUUAUGGAGUUCAUUCAAGUGAUUUCCAGCUUGAGCCAGAGGAUGCAAUAGAAUGGGGAAUGUCAGACACAGAAAGCCUGUUAAAAUCUCAGGAAACUUUCGAAAUUGUGCCGGUAACUGAAUCAAGCAAACCUCUGGAAAGUGAAGAGCCUGCAAGUGAUUCAAAAGCAGCCCAGAGGCUCUCUUUAAAGGAAAAAUCAUUAGAAUUGUUGCAAAUUAGAGGAAAAGAAAUUAAGCAUAUCAGAAGAGCUAAAUUAGAAAUUUCAGAAGAGAAAAGACUCAAGUCUUUAAAAUUCCUGAGACGUAAGAAACUACGAGUAAAAAGAAUUCCAGGAGGACACACUCUUCCUACCCUUCAUGUGCUGUGCAAGACUUUCCCAGCCCACCAGCUGCCACUUCAUUUGAGCUUGGCUUCUCGAAUAUACCACACACCCAGCAGGAAAGGCCACGAAACUCUGGUUGGACAACUUGGAGACUCUCUUUUUGAAAGUUGCAUUGGAGAUGAAGAAGAAAAUGAUAGAUUACUGCAUGGAAUUCCUAAUGUGGAUAAUGAAGAAGAAAAUGCUGCUAUCCUCACAAGGCCACCAGCUCAUACACCACAACUACAACUCUUGGGAAAAGAAAUGUCUGCUUAUCCAGGAUUUACAAAGUUUCUUUGGAAUUCAGCUUCAUCCAAAUUCUAUGUUCCAGUUUCUGUCAUUAAGGAAACCGUCUAUCCGAAAUAUGAGCAUUUCAUCCUAAAAAAGGCUGCAUCAUUUCAUAAUAUCCAAAAAUAUUUCAGUAUCAAAUCUCUACAAUUAAAGAGAGCAAAAUCUGCCAUUGAAUUAAGGAUGGAGGAGAAGGCCACUGUUCCAUUUGAAAUCAAGAAUGACAUGCAAAGCAAUAUAAGAGAGGUAUUAUUUCAGAGAGCAAAGGAAUUGGAGCGCUAUAAAACUAUACAUACAGAAAGUGAUAAAACUGUGAGAAAAAGUAUAGAUACCAUCCUAGCUCGCAUGCAGGAAAAUACCAAGUCAGGAAGUUUGUCAGUCUCUCUCGUUGAAGCAUCUAGACAAGCUGGCAUUUCAUACAUUGUUUAUCCCAAGAAAAUGAAAAAAAAAGAGAAAAAUUUAAGAUUCGGUAGACUUCCAUUUGUAUAUGAUGAAUUAGCCAAGCCUCCAAAAACACUUCAAAGAUCAGUGUCUCAAGAAAUUCUUCCUGGACAGAAGAAAUUCUUACUCAGAGUUCCAGUGUAUGAACGGCAACUUCGGAGUCCCAGCCUACCAAUGGUUUUAAAUUUUGAUGAAUUUGUCCUAAAGAAGGGAGGAAAUCCAAAGACUGCUGGCCUUCGGUCAUGGGUUUUUAAUUUGUUCUCUAAAUAUACUUAUCACAAGGAAGGCCCCAAAAUUCCUAAAAUGACUACUCCUAAAGAAUAUACUCUAGUGAAAAAGCUACCGAUAUUGGAACUGAGUGAUUCUUUGGAGUCUGAUCUUGCUCCAGAGGUCAUUAAACAUUAUAAUUCUGAAGUGGAAAAAUUGACUGAAGAAAUAAAUAAUAAGACAACAUAUCCUGCAUUUUCGUAUUGUAGACGUGGAGCUAUUUAUAGAAAACUAGGAAAGUUACAGAGUGCCAUGCAUGAUCUAGAGAAAGCUAUACUCUUGGAACCAUUGUUUCUCAAUGCCUAUUGGCACCGACAUUUCAUUUAUCUUUUCCAAGAUAAAUUUAAUGAAGCUUUGGAUGACUUAAAUUAUAUAAAUAAGCAUAAUAAAUAUAAUGCAGAGGCAUAUUUGUCUAAGGCAGAAAUUUUCAAAGCAAGAAAUGAUAUUACUUUGGCAAUUCUAAACUAUACUCAGGCAAUUAAAUGCAAACCCACAGAUGCUGAUGCUUAUUUCAGGAGGGGUGAAUUGUAUGAAAUGGAAAACAAAAUACUGGCCAUUGAUGAUUUUUCUAAGUGUAUCUUUUAUGAUCCCAAAAGAACUGACGCAUUAAUGAAACGUGGGUUGUUUUACUAUGAAAAUGAAAUGUGGCAGCCAGCCAUACAAGAUUUUACAGACUUGAUAAAUGUGGAUCCCCAAAAUUCUCAAGCAAGGACGUACAGGGGGAGAGCAUAUUAUAAACGAAACUUAUUUAGACAAGCAACUGAAGAUUUUUCUUUUGCAAUUCACUUAGAUCCAAAUAACUGGUUAGCAAUGUAUUAUAGAGCCUGUUUAUAUAGAAAGACAAAGCCUAUGAGAGCACUACAGGAUUAUAGUGUUUCAGCUCUCAUAAAUGAUGGCUAUGAGAAUUUAAACUGUUUCCUACAUCGGGGCAUACUCUAUGCAGAACUAAAGUUUUGGUUGAUGGCACUUUGUGAUUUUGAAUUUGUUAUUUCUCUAGACAGAAAUUUUGUUGCAGCUUAUAUAAAUAUUGGCCUCAUAUAUUUGAUGUACCUGGAUAAUUACAUUGAAGCUAUUAGAAAUUUUUCUGAGGCUAUCAAAAUCGAUCCUUUCAAUAUUCAAAGCUAUAUUUGUCAAGCACAAGCCUAUGAUAAGUUGCAUAAACUGACCAGAUCUUUAAAAGAGAUUUCUCGUGCUAUCCACCUUCAGCCAGAUGAAGUUCAAUUAUAUAUAAUAAGAGGACAAUAUCUUGUUAAGAUGAAAUGUUAUGAUCUUGCAAAGUUCACUAUUCAACAAGUAACGGAAAUGAAUAAAGGUCUCGUUAACCUAAGUCCUCUACAGAAAGCACUAGUUUAUUCAUUUUGUGACAAGUAUGACAAGGCCAUUCAGGUCUUGGAUGGAAUUACUUUGCAGAAGCCAGAGAUAACUACAUAUACCUUAUUAGCAAAAACCCUAAUGAAGGCCAAGAGAAAUAAGGAAGCUUUGAAAAUGUUUAAAAAGGCACUGGGGGUGUUUUCACAUUCCACUAAAGGACCAGAUGCCACUGAAGCUUCAGCAGACUGUCUGUAUCACUUGGGUCUUUGUUAUGUGGAUGAAGGCAAUUCACAAAUGGCUUAUGAUUGUUUUACAAAAGCUGUGAAAGCAAAACCUGAUUUUGCUGAAGGCUUUUAUCAACGUGGGCUUUGUAAAGUGAAACUUGGCAAGAAUUACCCAAUCCUGGAUUUUAAUCGUGCAAUUACCCUGGAUUCAAAUCAUUACCAGGCAUAUUUAAGUCGAGCAGCCUACUAUGGUUUGAAAGGCAGAUAUUCCAAAGCAAUCUUAAAUUGUAAUGAGGCCAUUAAAAUUUGUUCUCAGAAUGUGUUUGCCUAUAUCUACAGAGGAGUUCUGAAAUACUACAAUAAGACUUAUAAAUUAGCUAUUAUAGAUUUAACCAUAGCUGUCAGCAUGGACAAAAAUAGUUAUAUAGCGUUUUACAACAGAGCUAUUUGUUAUACCCGGGUCAGUGAAUAUACAAAGGCCUUAAUAGAUUAUGGAACGGUGCUUCUUCUUGAUUCUGGAGAGACCAUAGUCUUGAAUACUUUCAUUAAUCGUGGACGUAUCUAUACAGAACUAGAGCAAUACCAUUUUGCUUUAGAGGAUUUUAAAACUGCUGCAAAGAUGCAAAAGACCAAUGUAAACUUGUAUCAUGUGACUGCCGAGUGCCAUUACAGAAUUAAAGAGUUCAAAGAAGCUGUCGAUUUCUUCAGUCAUGCUCUUAGCUUGGAUAUACAUUUUCUGGAUGCUUACAUUGGACGGGGAAAUUCCUACAUGGAAUAUGGUCAUGACAAAGCCACCAAACAAGCCCAGAAGGAUUUUAUUCGAGCAUUGCAUUUUUGCCCAGUGUAUUUAAGAGCUAGAAUUUGUCUUGCCUAUAAUUUACAGGCCCAAGGAAAAUUCCAGAAAGCUUGGAACCACUUUACUAUUGCCAUAGACAGUGAUCCAAAGUGCUACAAAGCCUAUGAAGGUAGAGCUGUGGUCUGUCUUCAGAUGGGUGAUUACUUUGCUGCAAUUCAGGAUAUUAACAUUGCCAUAAAGAUCAAUACUACAGCAGAAUUCUUAACAAAUCGUGGUGUGAUUCAUGAGUUUAUGGGUCAACAACAGAAUGCAAUGAAAGACUAUCAAGCUGCACUUUCUCUAAACCCCACAUACUCGCUGGCUUACUUUAAUGCAGGAAAUAUCUACUUUCACCACAGGCAGUUUUCCCAGGCCCGUGAUUACUUCUCAAAGGCUUUAAAGUUUGAUCCAGAAAAUGAAUGUGCUGCCUUGAAUCGAGCCAUUGCAAACACAUUGCUAAAGAAAUAUGAAGAAGCAAAAGAAGAUUUUGGACAUAUAGCUGAAAUCUGUCCCUUUUGGUCUGCAGUGUAUUUUAAUAGAGCACAUUACUACUGUUGUUUAAAACAAUUUGAACUAGCAGAAGAAGACUACAGUAAAGCGCUGUCUUUGAAGCCAAAUGACACUCUAAUAUAUAAUCUUAGAGCAGAAGUUCGAGGUAAAUUAGGUCAUAUUAGUGAAGCUAUGGCUGACUACAACAAAGCACUUGAUCUUCAAGAUUAUGCUAUAGUUAAGUGAUUCCAAGGCUGUGAUUUCUGCAUCGGUUUAC